UAUCCGGCCGGGCGUCAGUGCCUAGGGGCGGGCCCGGGCAGUCCAGAGUUUCCGUCGCCGCGGGCCUGGCGGAGACGCGAAGUUGACCCGGCCCGGAACGUCCUGCGCCGACCAGGAUCUCGGCCGGCCGAGCCACCCAGGUCGAUCCAGGGCGUGGAGGGAGCCAGUCGGGUCUCGUCCGCUCGCGCGUCAGAGCCGCGGGCGGCACAGACUUAUCGCUCCGAUUCCCUGUCCAGGCCCAGAGGCCGCGUCCCUGCGAGGGACUCAGCCCUGGACGGGCAGGUGUCUGGUGCCCGCGGACCCCCCCUCCGUGGGCCACGAAGUCCCUGCUGGGUGGACAGGGUGGGAGCAGCGAGGAGACCCUCCGAGUUCGGGUCUCUCCUCCGCAGCUUGCACGAAACGGCGCGGGAUGGCCACCAGGUUCCGAACAGCUUCGUGUUGGCCUGUCGAGCGGUGUGUAUGUUGUCACAGGGACUGCUGUCAUUCACGGAUGUGUCCAUGGAGUUCACCUGGGAAGAGUGGCAGUUACUGGACUCCACGCAGAAGCACCUGUACAGGGAUGUGACUCUGGAAAACUAUAGCAACCUGUUGUCUGUGGGGUAUCAUGGUUCCAAACCUGAUUUAAUCUUCAAGUUGGAGCAAGGAGAAGAGCCAUGGAUAAUAAAUGCCAGACUUUCCCGCCAGAGCUGUCCAGAAGGUUGGAAAGAAUGGUACCAGAAAAAUGAUGAACUUGAAAGUGUUGAGAGAAGCUAUGCUUGUAAUGCAUUUGGAAAACUUCACGUGAGCAAGACCCACAUUUCUUCAAGACAAAAGUUCCUUAAGUAUAACCCACAUGGAAAAAGUUUGCCACAAAACUUAGCUUCAACCACAAGCUGUCUAAGAAAGAAUCCUGAAAAGUUUCACGGAUAUGAAGAAUCAUAUUUUCUGAAGCAUCAAAGAGCUCACAGUAUAGAAAAAAACUGUGUGUGUAAUGAGUGUGGGAAAGCUUUCCGAUGUAAAUCACAGCUCAUUGUACAUCUCAGGAUUCAUACAGGAGAGAGACCGUAUGAAUGCACUAAAUGCGAGAGAGCCUUCAGUGCCAAGUCAAACCUUAAUGCCCAUCAGAGAGUCCACACAGGAGAAAAGCCCUACUCAUGUAUCGAGUGUGGGAAAGUCUUCUCUUUCAGGUCACAGCUCAUUGUCCAUCAGGAAAUUCACACGGGAGGGAAGCCUUAUGGUUGCAGUGAAUGUGGGAAAGCCUACAGCUGGAAAUCACAACUUAUUUUACACCAGAGAAGCCACACGGGAGUGAAACCCUAUGAAUGCAGUGAGUGCGGGAAAGCCUUUAGUUUGAAGUCACCAUUCGUUGUGCACCAGAGAACUCAUACAGGAGUGAAACCCCAUAAAUGCAGUGAAUGUGGGAAAGCCUUUCGGAGUAAGUCCUACCUCCUGGUUCACAUUAGGAUGCACACAGGAGAGAAACCCUAUCAGUGCAGUGACUGUGGGAAAGCCUUCAAUAUGAAGACACAGCUUGUGGUACAUCAGGGAAUCCACACAGGAAAUAACCCUUAUCAGUGCAGUGAAUGUGGGAAGGCCUUUGGCAGGAAGGAACAGCUCACUGCACAUCUGAGAGCUCAUGCAGGAGAGAAACCCUACGGAUGCAGUGAGUGUGGGAAGGCUUUCAGCAGCAAAUCAUACCUUGUUAUACAUAGGAGGACACACACUGGAGAGAGACCCUACGAAUGCAGUUUCUGUGAGAGAGCCUUUUGUGGGAAGUCACAGCUAAUUAUACAUCAACGAACUCACUCAACGGAGAAGCCCUAUGAAUGCAGCGAGUGUGAGAAAGCCUAUCCUCGGAAGGCAUCACUUCAGAUCCACCAGAAAACUCACUCAGGAGAGAAACCCUUUAAAUGCAGUGAGUGUGGGAAAGCCUUCACUCAGAAGUCUUCUCUCAGUGAACAUCAGAGAGUUCACACCAGAGAGAAACCCUGGAAAUGCUCUGAGUGUGGGAAGUCCUUCUGUUGGAAUUCAGGGCUUCGAAUACAUCGAAAAACUCACAAGUGAGGACUCAGAAUGGAGUGGAUGUUAGAAGCGUUCACCCAGACGUUGACCCUCAGGAGGCUUCAGAUGACAAUACAGACAGGAUACUAAGCGGGAAGUCCUAAAAAUACAGUCCUGUCAAAUUAGUCGUACAGGGAGAGGCCAGGCAUAUUUGGAAUGAAUGUGCAAAAGAGUUCAGAAAUAAGUCAUGCACAUCUUUGUAGACAAGGGGAUCAUUGAAGGAGUAAGGAGCAGCACCUGUGUCAGAUGUAGUAGCAUCAUGAUGAAGAUUUAAUUUGGGGAAUUCAUUUUGAGAACUCCCCGUAAAUUUAAUAAAUCAGGAAAGCAUUUUCCCACAGACAUGUUACAUGGGGACUCAUAUUCCAGAUCUGAUGCUGUUUUAGAACAAAGAAAAGACUUUUUCUUGGUGGAGAAUAAAGUUGUUUAUUUUCAUGUGUAAAUAGAGUAAUGGUCAGGGAAACAGCAAGGACCAUAUUCUGAAGGUUAAGGGGUAUCAAGUGUGACUUUCCUGAGUAACACUGAAGAGCAUUUUUUAAAAUUCUGGUAUUUUAUUUUUAAAUGUAACGUUAUAUUUGAUAGUUUGUCAAAUGACAUGCCCCAAUAUCCUCCCUAUUAAAUGCUAAGUAUCA